AUGGCGACCGCACGGGUCUCGUUCCCUUUAUGGAGCCUGGCCCGUCACCGGGCCGUGGAGCUCCGGUCGCGGUCGUUCCUCCGCUUAGAAGGACUUCUUGCAAGUGUGAGGCCUCCGCUGUCGCUCAACAUCUCUUUCCCAGCCACUGGCUGCCAGAAACUCAUUGAAGUGGAUGAUGAGCGCAAGCUCAGAACAUUCUAUGAGAAACGGAUGGCCACGGAGGUCGCAGCCGAUUCUCUUGGUGAGGAGUGGAAGGGCUAUGUUGUCCGGAUCAGUGGUGGUAAUGACAAACAAGGCUUCCCCAUGAAGCAAGGGGUCCUGACUCAUGGACGUGUCCGCCUUCUGCUCAGCAAGGGCCACUCCUGCUAUCGCCCCAGGAGAACUGGAGAGAGGAAACGCAAAUCUGUUCGCGGUUGCAUUGUUGAUGCCAACUUGAGUGUUCUGAACUUGGUCAUAGUGAAAAAGGGUGAAAAGGAUAUUCCUGGGCUGACAGACACAACUGUGCCCCGUCGUCUUGGUCCCAAGAGGGCUAGCAGAAUCCGCAAGCUGUUCAACCUCUCUAAGGAGGAUGAUGUUCGUCAAUAUGUUGUGAGAAAGCCUCUGAACAAAGAGGGCAAGAAACCCAGAACCAAGGCUCCCAAGAUCCAGCGACUAGUGACUCCUCGAGUUCUGCAACAUAAGCGCAGACGUAUUGCUCUGAAGAAGCAGCGCACUCAAAAGAAUAAGGAGGAAGCAGCAGAAUACGCAAAGCUCUUGGCCAAGAGAAUGAAGGAAGCCAAGGAGAAACGCCAGGAGCAGAUUGCGAAGAGACGCCGGCUUUCUUCAUUGAGAGCUUCUACGUCUAAGUCUGAGUCAAGUCAGAAGUAAAGAUGUGUAUGAUACUAAAAAUAAACCCUUUUUGUGGUUAACUUUCAGUAUGAGACUUUCCAGUGCAUGUUGUUACUGGUUAUCUUUUGAAAUAAAUGGUAGUCUAGACU